UUAAAAAGAAAAGACUCUAUAGUAAAAAAAAAAACAACCUACAUUAUUAUCAAUCACGUACAUCAUUCACGAAUAGGGGCAUUUGCUUGAGUGUAUGGAAUUUAUAUUGUGCUUAGUAGGAUCUCCUAGAAAGCCUACUAACAGACUAGACUUUAGUGAGGUGACCUGUGAGGACUAUUUGUUAAGAAGAAGGAGAUGGGUAGAAUCAUUGUAUCAGAUCAGAGGCAGAGCAUAGUAAUUUGAAAAAGCAGUUCUUAAUGAUUAAUUUCUUAAGAGUAAAAAUUCUGAUGUCCCACAAUAAGGGGUGAAUGAUAAAGAUUAUGGUAUGCCUGUAGGACAAAAUACUUGGCAAUCAUAAAAAAAUUUUAUAUUUUAGUAAAACAUCUAAAUCACAUAGGUUGUUAAAUUUAAAAGGCAGGAAAUAGGGGCUCGUGGCUGGCUCAAUUGGUAGAGCAUGGGACUCUUGAUCUCAGGGGUGACUCUUGAUCUCAGGGUUGUGAGUUUGAGCCCUGCUGGGUGUGGAGCAUACUUUAAGAGGCAGAAAACAGACAUUUAAUAUAAAAAACACUAUAUUAAAAAAUACAUAUAGAAAAAAACUGGAAAGAAUCAAAGGUAAUUAUUUUAUAUAUGUUUUCUCCUCCUCUCCCACCUUACCCCCAGUUUUCUCCAAUGUCUUAUUUUCCUAAAGUGAUUCUCUAACAGAACUAAGUUUGUGAAGAUACCAUCACCCUGUGCUACUUGCCUGUCAGUUCCUUGACAUUUAAAAAUCUUCCUGAGAAUGUCAUAGUCCUGUUUAAGGAGUCCCUGUCAUUCAGUAUAUUUUGGCACUGGGAGCCAGGAAGAGGGAAUAGAAAGUAUUCACUGCAAAGUAGCUGUGUUUCUUGUGACUGAAAAAACAUAUAGUGAGACAAAUAAGUUGAAAUAAAAGCCAUGUAAACUUUUUUGCUUGUAUAUAUAGAGACUGAAUCUGCAUCAAGUCUGCAUUUGGUAUCAGACUUCUGGACUGUGAACACUUAGAGGAUGUACAGAGGCUCUGUCUUGUAUGAGUACAUUAAGUUAAACAAAUCUGUGUGGAACCCCUACUACAUUCCAGCAGGAAGUCAUUAUGUGACUAACACAUUUUCAUCAGAUUUCCUCUGAUGGACCCUGCAGUGUAUGUGAGAAUGAUGUGCACUGCCAAAAAAUGUGGAAUUAGGUUCCAGCCUCCAGCUAUUAUCUUAAUCUAUGAGAAUGAAAUGAAGGGGAAAAGUCGCCAACGCAUCAUGCCAGUCCGAAACUUUUCAAAGUUUUCAGAUUGCAGCAGAGCUGCUGAACAGUUAAAGAACAAUCCACGACACAAGAAUUACCUGGAGCAAGUGUCCCUGAGGCAGCUAGAGAAGUUGUUCCGUGUUUUACGAGGUUAUUUGCAGGGGCAAAGUUUGGCCGAAACGAUGGAGCAGAUUCAGCGGGAAACAACGAUUGACCCUGAGGAAGACCUGAACAAACUAGAUGACAAGGAACUUGCCAAAAGAAAGAGCAUCAUGGAUGAGCUUUUUGAGAAAAAUCAGAAGAAGAAGGAAGAUCCGAAUUUUGUUUAUGACAUCGAAGUGGAGUUCCCACAGGAUGAACACCUGCAGUCUUGUGGCUGGGACACAGAGUCAGCCGACGAGUUCUGAUACCAGAAACUCAAAGAAGGCAUUGGGCUCACAGAAGAACCAUGUUUAUACAUUCUUCGUGUACUUGUGAAACUGAGUAAUACAAGUGGACAAUGCAAUAUAAAAUGAUUGUACAGUUAUACUAAGAAUGUAUAAACAUGGUUCUAGAAAAAUCUGUAAAGAGCACAAAACGUACGUAUUGGGUUAUGUUUGGAUUGACCAUGUUACUUUUCAAAACUGAGACAUGUAGAGUAUCUACUAUGUAGAUGCAUUAGGAAUAUAAGAACAGAAUAUCGGAAUAUGCCUUUAAGGGGCUUACAAUCUAAUCGGAAGAUAAGUCAAAAACUUGUGAAAAGCUAAUUAAUAGAAUUAGGCAGCAAAAAAUUAGAGCCAGAUGCUUGAUAAAUGUUAAAGAGGGCCAGAGCCUAGAUUACCAUAGGGUAGAAUAGUCAGGGAAGACUUUGCCCUUUAGUGGAGAGAUGGGCCCUUGAAAUCAUAGUAUUUAGAUAGAAUUUUAUACAGAAUUCCAGGUGAGAGAAACUGAAAGAAAGAAAAAGGGGGAGGAGGUUAAUGAUAAAGAGAUGGGGAUGAGAACAUUUUAUCUGAGGAGCAGAAAGCUAAUUAUAGUUUGCCACGAUCAGAGGGCAUACAUGCUUAUCGGGAUUAUCCCAUAUGCACUGUGUCUUUAUGUGUAUUUAACUGUGGGGCAGAAGAUCAGUCCUCCCAGAGGCCCUGCUGCUGCACCUGGAGGUCAUCUGAUGGACGGCAGGAGAAUUCUGCCCCUCCAGGGUCAGGAAAUACAUUCUAAAGACACUCUGAAACCCUGAAGCUCUUCCCAUAACUACAGAAGUUUGUUUGUAAAAUGGGAAAUCUACCCAUGCUAAAUGAACAAUAGGCAUUGCCAGUUUAGGCUUAUUUAUGAGUUUGGACCUACAAAGACAAGAUCUUUGUUGGACCAGGUUAUACGUGUACGGGUACAUCUUUCUUCUUACUAGAACAUUGUGUAACUAGCACAUACUCUAUGUUUCCUGCAAGGAAAUUAAUAUUAAAUAAAACUGUAAAAAUCGUUCAUUCUUUCUACCUGUCCAUCCCUACUCUCUUUACCAUUAAAAGCUCCGUUAAAGAGAUCAUUCCUUUUUUAAAAAAAAAAUAAACAUCUUUUUUAAA